CUGGUCUCAGAGACCUAUCAAUUGCAUCUGAGUUGCAGGGGCCAUGGCUUCCAAAUGCCUCAAGGCGGGCUUCUCUUCUGGGUCUCUCAAGAGCCCAGGAGGGGCCAGUGGGGGCUCCACUCGUGUGUCUGCAAUGUACUCCAGCAGCUCUUGCAAGCUCCCGAGUCUGUCCCGUGGGGCCAGAAGUUUCUCUGCCUGCUCAGCGGGUCUGGGCAGAAGCAGCUACAGGGCUACCAGUUGCCUCCCUACUCUCUGCCUCCCCGCCGGAGGCUUCACUACCAGCUACAGCGUGGGUGGGGGCUGGUUUGGGGAGGGCAUCCUCACUGGCAAUGAGAAGGAGACCAUGCAAUCCCUGAACGACCGCUUGGCCAGCUACCUGGAGAAGGUGCGUCAGCUGGAGCAGGACAAUGCCAGCCUGGAGAGCCGCAUCCGUGAGUGGUGUGAGCAGCAGGUCCCCUACAUGUGCCCCGACUACCAGUCCUACUUCCGGACCAUUGAGGAACUCCAGAAGAAGACCCUGUGCAGCAAGGCUGAGAAUGCCAGGCUGGUGGUGGAGAUUGACAAUGCCAAAUUGGCCGCAGAUGACUUCAGGACCAAGUAUGAGACGGAGGUGUCCCUGCGGCAGCUGGUGGAGUCGGACAUCAAUGGCCUGCGCAGGAUCCUGGAUGACCUGACCCUGUGCAAGUCUGACCUGGAGGCCCAGGUGGAGUCCCUGAAGGAGGAGCUGCUCUGCCUGAAAAAGAACCAUGAGGAGGAAGUGAACUCACUGCGCUGCCAGCUUGGUGACCGGCUCAAUGUUGAGGUGGACGCUGCCCCACCUGUUGACCUGAACCGAGUUCUGGAUGAGAUGAGGUGCCAGUACGAAACCCUCGUGGAGAAUAACCGCCGGGAUGCCGAAGACUGGUUUGACACCCAGACUGAGGAGCUGAACCAGCAGGUGGUUUCCAGCUCAGAGCAGGUGCAGUCCUGCCAGGCAGAGAUCAUCGAGCUGAGACGGACAGUCAACACCCUAGAGAUUGAGCUGCAGGCCCAGCACAGCAUGAGAGAUGCUUUGGAAUCCACCCUGGCAGAGACGGAGGCCCGCUAUAGCUCCCAACUGGCCCAGAUGCAGUGCAUGAUUACCAACGUGGAGACCCAGCUGGCCGAGAUCCGGGCUGACCUGGAGCGGCAGAACCAGGAGUACCAGGUGCUGCUGGACGUCCGGGCCCGGCUAGAGUGUGAGAUCAACACAUACCGGGGCCUGCUGGAGAGUGAGGACAGCAAGCUCCCCUGUAACUCAUGUGCACCUGACUACUCACCCUCCAAGUCAUGCCUUCCCUGUCUUCCUUUGGCCUCCUGCGGUCCUAGUGCAGCCCGCCUAACCUGCAGCCCCCGCCCCAUUUGUGUGCCCUGCCCAGGGGGCCGGUUCUGAGAGGGGGGUCUGGCCCUGAAAAGGCUCACUGCAAAUACGUGCCUUAGUUUCUCAGAGCCUGUCACAAAGGCUGGCUGAUCCCAAAGGUCUCAACUCCUCAUCAUUUCAAUGGUGUCUCUGUUCUCAGGCUGCCUCCUGGGUCAGCUUUUCCUUCUGGGUGCUGUUACAGUGGAUUCUGAAAUGCAGUAGAGGGCUUUUGUUGGCAGAACAAUAAAGUGCAUUUGCUAAGGCCCCUGAUGCCUAACUUGCACCA